GGCCGCUGGAGAAAUACUCGUCAGUGAACUCUCCGCCCUGCUGCUGCUUGAGAGUAAGACCAUCUCGCGUCCUCGCCAGCACUCUUCAGGGAUGGCGCUGUCCUUCUUGCCGUGGGCGGUGUUGGGCUGCCUUGCCAUCGCUUACCCUUGUUCAGCUUUUCUUCCCACCAGCCUCAAUUUUACUGACCCCGAUUUGGCGUCUCUCUUCUGCCCUGAUCAGAUGGUCGGACAAACCACGGACCACAAGGCCAUCACACGGGAGGCGCUGCGGCGGGAGGUUCGUCGUUUCUUCCUGGACGUCACCCCCGCCAACGCCUCGCUCACCAUCCCCGAAGACGCCUCCCUCUCAGAGAUGUUUCGCAUCGUCUAUGGUUCGUCCUCAUCACCGGCUCGCUUCAUCAAGGCUGUGAAUGACAUCGCCUGGAGUAACGCCAUGACGGAGGCGGGGAGUCAAACCAAGUUCCAGGCUGCGUACCACAUGGACGGGGAGCGCCUGGUGGAGGGUCACACACUGCUGCAGGGCCGCUACCAGCAACUCAUCAGAACCAUCACCGUGGACAGGACCUACGACUUCUCCAGGGAACUGCUUGGUGAAUCCCUCAAUGGCAUCCAGGACUUUUAUUCCCAGUCGACGUGGAUUGAACUAGGACGAAAUUCCAUUCUGGAGGGGCUGGGAUUGCCUGGAGCUGACAUCGGGGAGGUGGCUGGGCCCGGCGACGCCACCUGCACCGACUGUGCCUCCGCCACGGGUGUGUGCACCAGCAAUGUCAUCCCGACGGGCCGGCUGAGCAGCGGCUACUAUGAGUACACUGCUGUGGGAGCUGAUGACCUUGUUGUGCCAAAACCUGAUGGUGCUGGCAAAUGCAGUCAUGGUGGAACACAAGAUGCAUCAGCAACAAAGACAGCCAUAGGAGGGAUAAACAAGGAGUCCACUUCUCCAUGCUUCUCACCCCACCACCACCUCCACCAGCAGGCUGUGGACCUUGCUAUUUCAGCCAGUGAGUACUACAUUGGAGUGCUGCGAGAUGCCAUUGGGACUGAGCACUUCACCAGUCUGUUGAACCUUUACCAAGGCUCAGCACUUUCCAUUGUGAUUGAUACAACAGGAUCCAUGCAAGAUGAAAUAAACACUGUGAAAGAGGAAGCAACACUCAUUGUGCAAAAAUCCCAUCCAGAACUAUAUGUUUUUGUACCAUAUGGAGAUCCAGAUUAUGGUCCAGUCACAAAAACUUCCAAUGCCGAGGAGUUCCUUGCAGUGCUGGACACUGUUGUAGCCAGCGGUGGAUGUUGCUGUAUACAGGAGAAGUUCUGGCAUGGUCUUCAGCUGUCACUCAUCAACACUCCCGACUAUUCCACCAUCUUCUGCUUCACUGAUGCAGGAGCUAAUGAUGCCGAGCUGAUGGAAGGUGUGUUGGCUCUUGUGGCAGCCAAGCAUUGCAAGGUGAAUAUAAUCUACAGUUACAACAACAGAGAAGACAGCUGCCCUGACUAUGUUACCUCAGGCACAGAAGAGCUUAAGUAUCUUGCUACCAUCUCUGGUGGUCUCUUUAUAGAACUUGAAGAUUUUGAUGCCAGUGACAUUGACGGAAUUAUGCAGGAGGGUGUGGAUGAAAAUAAGGUAAGUCUUGUCAAAAGAGAUGAUGUGAAGGGACACCAGGAAUUCUCCUUCCCAGUUGAUGACUCCAUCAGUGAUUUUGACUUUGUCAUCUUUGGACCCAUCACAAAAGCCAGUGUUACUGAUUCUGUAGGAACUUAUCAUGAUCUUAUGGAUAAGGACACCCUGGCUGUCACUGACGGAGUGGAGAUUGUCUCACAUACACCAAAGCUCAAGGCAAUCAAGUUCACAAAACCAGUUCUAGGUGACUGGUUCUUUGAGGCAGAUGGACCCGAGUACAGUGUAGCAGUGAGUGCAUCCUCCACCCUUGGUCUCCUGACUGAGUUUGCCGAGCUGGACCUCAGUCCUCCAAGACCUGGCUACGUGGUGGUGCGUGGCCAUCCUUUGUCAAAUAUGAAGUAUUAUGUGGAAGUGACUCUCUUUGGCUACCUAGAAAGUCACGUUAACAGUGUAACAUCAAUGAAGUUUAUUGACACAGUUGGUAAUGAGCUUUCCAAUGUUCCCUAUAAUGGGAUAGUGGAUGAGCAUUUCUUCAUCUUGUCUGAGAAUCUCCCUGCAGGUUCCUUCUACAUCCAGAUUGACGGCUUGCUUGAGUCAGGAAGUCCCUUUAUUCGUCUGUAUGCUACCAUGGCACAACCUGUGGAGUGCCUCAUUGAGCUUGUGGUAGCAGACUCUGUGCUGUCUACCACUCCAGGCCAUUCCACAAAGGCCACUUUUAGAGUACACAAUUAUGGACCUAAAGCUGAAUUCCAGUAUACUGCCAUUGAUGAAGAAAAGUUCAUACAUGAUUGGAGCCCUCAUAAAUCUACUAUUGCUUCCAUGGGUUUUGUUGAUGUCGAAGUGGACUUCAAGGUGCCAUCAUCAACCUCACCAGGCACCACCAGCACCAUCACCUUCACAGCCAGCUCUCUCCUCAAUGAGCACAACAUCAAUACCUACAUCACGUACUACAUCAUUCUUGAUGAGCAUGACGACUCUAUGCCUCCGACCUGUGUGAGCACUGAUGUUCCUGACUGUGCUGGCUAUGACUCUGAAGAUCUGUGCUCUAGAAAAUCUUGGCUAGUGGAGGCAACAUUACAAGACGAUGAUUCCGGACUGCUACAGGUUUACUCCCAGCCUGAUGGGGACCUGACUCUGGAUGGGUUCUCAACGGGUACCACACAUCCAGUGACAGCCACCUUCAAUGGCAGCUGCUGCCUCCGAGCCAUGAAUAUUGUUGGUGUUGAUGUGAGGGGAAAUCUUGGCUACUGUCGCUAUGAUCUUGGACCCCUGAAAGGUUCUGUAGUGGAGUUUGUGGCAGAGGCUGUGGGAGAGAGCUGGGUGUACCUGAGGUGGAACAUCAGUGACAUUCGGGAUGACCUAGACAGAUAUUCUAUCCUGAUUGAUGAAGAUUAUUCUGACACUUCGCGCUGUCCAGACCUUGUGUGCUACAAGAAUGUGACUUACCUGGAUUCCUGUAUGCUGCACACUUUCACCCUCACAGCUCGCUACAAGAGUGUUGAUGGAGUGGUGACAACAGGAGCUCCACGGAAGACAGACGCUACCACAUCGGGCCCAAGUCCUCUACCACCCACCAAUCCCUCCAUUGACUACACUAGUGACACCACAACCAGCCUCUCCUGGACACCGCCAAGUAAUCGAGCUUGCCUAGAUCACUACCAAGUAUGCUUCAAGAUGUAUGGGACAACAUUGAAUACGUGUAAGAGUAGUAGUAAUAGCAGCAUAGUUCUUGAGGGACUGGAGCCAUGUGCCAUCUACCACAUUAACAUCACUUCUAUCUCUGUCACUGGUCAACUUAGUGAGGAUUCCCUUCUCUUUGACACCAACACUGAUGAUGCAGCACCUGGUGCACCCAGGAACCUGAGAGUGAACAAUCAGACAGAAUACAUGGUUUCUUUGGCUUGGGAUAACCCACUUGACAGAGCCAGCUGUGUGGACAAAUGGAGGAUUUCCUACCUUAAACAAGAAGUUAAAUACCAGGAAGUGAAGCUUGUGGCUGACAACUAUGCAACAGUCUCUGAUCUUGAGGCCUGCUCUGAGUACACUUUCUUUGUAUCUGCUGUUUCUCCAAGAGGAAUUCAAGGUGGCACAAAGUCUACCCAAGCUAUAAUGGAGGAAAUAGAGCCAACAGCAGUGACAUCAGUGAAGGCCACAGCACUGAAUUCCAGCAGUGUGGAGGUUGUGUGGGUUCCUGCAGUCAAGGAGGAGUGUGUUCACCACUACCUUGUUUGUAUCACUCACCUCAUCAGCUUAGUACAGGAGUGUCACAACAAAACAGAUCUUCAACAAACCUUCACAGGUCUGGAGGCAUGUGUGGACUAUGAAGUGACAGUAACUCCAGUGUCUCCCAUGGGUGCUCUUGGCAGCCUCACCUAUGAUCUGGCCAGAACUGUUGACUUUCGGCCCAGUCCCCCCACCAGUCUGCAGGUGACAGACAUCACUUCAAAUACAGCACUUGUCACAUUUGGGCCACCAUUGGAACAUCCACUUUGUGUUGUAGAGUAUGACAUUGAGGUGCAGGAAAUGGAAAGUAUGAAAUCCAGUAAGAUGCUUUCUCCCAGUGUGUAUCUGCACCAGACAUUGUCAGGUUUGAAUGCUUGCACUGACCAUGAGAUUCGGGUCUCUGCUGUUACUCCCUCUGGACUUGUAAGCGACAAGUCAACUGUUAACUUCACAACAAGUGAGGACACUCCUUCAGCUCCUCGAGCCCUCACCCACAUCACAGUCGCUGUGAACCAAAUUGAACUGCAUUGGUUUGCACCUCUGACCAAUCGCCUGUGUGUUGACAUGUAUAAAGUGUCUUGGACCAGUGGCAGUGACAGUGGCAACAUGGACUACACCCCUUCAGGCCACCCACCAGAGGUGAAGAUGACAGUGAGUGGACUGGAAAGCUGCUCAUCAUACACAUUCACUGUAGUACCUGUGACACCUUUGGGAGACAAGGGACCCUCUGUCACAUACACUGUCUCCACCAGCUGUUAGAAGAUUGAAAGACAAAAAAAAAAAAAAAAAUAGAGCUGCUAAAAUAACUGGAAAGCCCUUAUGUUUGUCAACUCAAGAUUCUGGGGCACCACUCCUGACGUUGAUGAAGGCCUGCAAGACAUGAGGAUGUUGGGAUGAGGAUGAGGAUGAGGGGUGAGGAUGAGGGUUGUUGGUGCUGUAAUUGUAACUCAUCCAUUAGUCUUUAUGGACCAGUAGAUUCUAGUGUAUUUUCUGUAUUACAAUUAAUUCUUUCUCUUACAUUUCUUAGUAAAUCUUGAGUUUUCUUUACCUUGCUAUUUGUAGUGAAGAAAAUUGACAAAUGUUUUGGUAUUUGAGAUAAAAUUGCAUGUAUGAAACUAAUCACAUUUAUAUAUUGAGCUGUACUACUUGUAACAAAUGCAUGCUUGGUAAUUAAGGAAAAUCUUGUUGGUUCCAACAAGACAAAUAAUUAUUUCUUAGAUUUUACUUCAGAGAAUUCUAUUGGCAAAAGAUAAACAACUUUCUCAAAGGAAAGAAGUAAAAAAAAAAUGUUGAAGAAACCUUCCACAUGUAUAUGUAAUUACAAAAGUAUGUUUGCUAUAAUAGAUUAAGUUUGUCAGUAGCAACAUUAUGACUGGCUGCAAAAACACCAUAUGAUAUACAAAUAUGUUGAGAUCAUUCACCAUUACUAACUUCACCUCAAGCUAAUAGAAUACCACAUAAAUGUUUUCACAGACAGUUCAGCCAGUUCAUUAUUCAUCAUUCAUCUACAUGAUUUAGUUCAAACACUGCUGUAUUUCCAGUACUUAUUCAUAUGUCUUCACUUUCUAAAAACAGUAUUGACACUGAGUAACUUGGGUCACAUUCAUGACAGAAAUAGAUGGCACACUAUUGUUUACAUGAUCACAUGAAUAUUACUGACUUUCUUGGGACAGGCUUUGUUCAUAGCAUUGUUCUAAACUAUUUGACAGCAGCAGAAUUAGAACAGCAGAAGACUCAUGGAGUCUGAUGACUAUAGUAACACUUGAAGAGAAAUUUGAAUGCUUGUCUCUAUAUAGUUGAUCAUCUUAUCACAGACCAUAUUCUUAAAUGUGUCAGUGUCCCAUCUCAAAUACUGAAUAGAAGUUACAACACAAAACCUUUAAGAUCUUGGAAAAAAAAAAUCAAAUUUUUGUUCCCAGCCAAAUACUGCAAUUUUGCAGGGCUGUUACUCAGAUUAAGGAGGAAGAAUUUACAUGUCUAAAAAUUUCUUUCAACUUAACAGGGUAUGAAAGAAAUCACAAUAAUGUGAUUUUGGUGCAUCUUAGUGUUUUUCCACUCCACAAUUUUUUUUUUUAUUCUUAUUUUUAGUCAACCCAGCUAUGUCAAAGGCUUUUUUGAUGAAGGAAUGACAGCUGGGGUUAUGGACUAGUGGACAAGUACUGUAUAAGAUAAUGAGGGAAAAUUAAUUUUUGUUUAUAGAUGACGAAUACCACAUCAUAGAUGAAUGGGAAAAGAAGAAGAAAUGUAUCACUGAACUUGAAAGAUUAUGCAAGAAGAGAAUGUCCAUUAUGUAAUGCCAUGUGUUUUGAAAUAAUGAGGAAUGUCUCUAAAGAA